AUGGAAGCAAAACCGUCACGGGCAGACGCGCCGCGCUCCUCUCUUGAGCCGGUGCCGGCGUCGGUGCUGGCGGCGAGGGAGGCUGCGCGCCGGAACGGCCUGAGGGCUCGGGGGCCCUGCCGCAGCGGGUGCCGCGAGCUGGACGAGUACGUGCUCAUGGACGGAGGGUUCGAGAGGGGGAGCGUGGUCGGGGUGAGUGCCGAGGAGGAGGAGGGGUUUGGACUUGUGCUGGGGCUGCAGGUGGUGACCCGAUGGCUCUGCCACGACGACGACGUCGACGGAAGGGUGCUCAUGGUGACGCCCAGGCCGGCGGGCCCGCUGCUCGGGGCGCUGCGCGAGGGCAUCGAGGCCGAGGUGGCGGCGGCCGGCGGCGACGGCGCCCGGGCGCGGGCGUGCCUGGACCGCGUGAUGCUGUCGUGCGUCUUUGACAUUGCCGGGCUGGGCGAGGUGCUGGCUGAGCUGGACGCGGCGGGGGGGCAGCUGGGGCCGGCGGCUGGGGGGGGGGAGGGGACGGCGAGGACGGCGCGCUCGGAGAUUGCGGACAGCCAGGACGACGACGACGACGACGACGACGACGACGACGACGCGGCCUCGUCGCUGCCGCCUGCCGCCGCCGCGUCGUCGCCCGGCGUCAUCCUCGUCACGCACUUCUCCUCGCUGCUGACCGGCCUCUUCGCCCGUCGCGAAAAGUCGGCUGCCCACGCCGCGCUCGCGCAGCUGGCCACGCGCCUGCGCCGCCUCGCGCGCGACCUGCCGUCGAGCCCCCUCAUCCUACUCCUAAACUCAACCACCACCACCACCACCACCACCGCCUCCUCCUCCACAGCCCAAGAUGCAAACCACCACCACCACCACAACCACCACCACACGCCCCCCUCGAAGCCCCUCGACGCUACCCUCCGCUCCGUCUUCCCCCCGCCGCCGCCCACCCACCACCACCAGCCAGCGCCGGGCCGGGCCAGGCCCUCGUUCGGGCUCGUCUUUGCACAGCUGCUCGACCUGCACCUGCUCUGCACGCGCCUGCCGCGCACGUCCGUCGCGGCCUCUCCCGGGGCCCGCCUCGUCACCGUCGUCGAGGUCCUGCUCGACCACUUGGGCCUGUGGCGGGGCCGCCGCGGGCCGAGGCCGGGCAGGGAGCAGCGCUGGGGCCCCGUCGACGUCGUCGGCGGCCGCGUCGUUGAUGCUUUGGCGAGGCCGCCCUGA